CGCGAGACUACCAUCCAGUCCUUUGCCUGCCUGAAUCCAGCUGGUAGCCUGCCUGCCGUUGACGGUUCUGUAGCAGCUGAAGUGAGAGCCGCCGGUCAUCAUGGGAAACAUCUUUGGCAACUUGUUGAAGAGCCUUAUAGGCAAGAAAGAGAUGAGGAUCCUCAUGGUGGGGCUCGACGCUGCAGGAAAAACCACCAUUCUCUACAAGCUGAAGCUUGGGGAGAUUGUCACCACCAUCCCCACAAUCGGCUUCAAUGUGGAGACAGUGGAGUACAAGAACAUCAGCUUCACUGUGUGGGACGUGGGUGGCCAGGAUAAGAUCCGUCCCCUGUGGAGACACUACUUCCAGAACACCCAGGGUUUGAUCUUUGUGGUGGAUAGCAAUGACCGUGAGCGUGUGAACGAGGCUCGGGAGGAACUGAUGAGGAUGCUGGCGGAGGAUGAGCUGCGAGAUGCCGUUCUUCUCGUUUUUGCUAAUAAACAGGACCUGCCCAAUGCCAUGAAUGCUGCCGAAAUCACAGACAAGCUGGGCUUGCACUCCCUGCGCCACCGCAACUGGUACAUCCAGGCCACCUGUGCCACCAGUGGAGACGGUCUGUACGAAGGCCUAGACUGGCUGGCCAACCAGCUGAAAAACAAAAAAUGAGGGGUCAGGUCAGUCGGGUGGGGAAGAGCCUGGGUGCCAGCUCCAGGUAGAGGUUAUAGUGGAUCCAUUGGGUUUACACAGAGAAGUAAUGGCUGAAAAGCUUCCAGGGGGUGACUCUCAAUGGCUUUCUCCCCAAAAACAUUUAAAUUUCAUCUCUUAAUUUUGAUUAAAUUAAUUUGUUUGGAUCUGAAGUGAGCUUUUUAAAAUAUUGAUGAACCAGUGUCGGUGAAGUUGACCUUAAAUAAUUCAGUUUAUACAAGGUGAAAACAUUAAUACCUGGAUGUUAUAAGAAAAUGUUACAGUGAAGCAUAUGUAAUACCCCUGUAAUGCAGAAUUUAUCACCUCUUGCACAUUUAAUGUGUUCAGAUGGUUGAUUGAUGUCCCUCAGAUACAUAUACAUGUAAGUUAUGAAGAAUGUCAUUAGAGUAUAAAAGGAAAACUACUAUCUAAGAAUAUUAUCACAUUGUUACAAAACAACAUACCCAUACAGACUCAUAUGAACUUAAUGUUUCCGUCUAUACCAAUGUUUUACCUCAAUUUAAUUUUAAUGAAAACCUUAUCUCACAUUAUUUUAAAUUUAUUUAUUUUAUUAUUAUUUAUUUUACUAAACACAAAAGCUGAUGAGCUACUGGAUUGUUAAAAACAUUUUGUUGGAUUCUAUUUAUUUAUUUAUUUGUUAAUUUAUUGUAAGUUUGUUUGCAUCACGUUUCAUUUUGACUGCAAUGUGCAUUAACUGCUAAGGCAGCUGUUGGAAAAAGAAGCCCCAGUAUCACUGUAUAUUAACGCUACCCAAUCUGCAUGGAGAUAUAUCCCAGUAAUGGCUUGUGGGCUUGUAAGAGCUGUGAGCUAAUGCAGGCCUCUGCUGUAAAUAAAGAUUUGUUCUUAGUCGACUUGCCUGGCUCUGUAAGGGUUAAAACGAUUCGAGUGGCGUCAGUGAGGUGUGAUAUCUAAGGGAUAUAGAUGACAGACCAGGCACACUGUACCAGCUCUGUGGCUUAGAAAAAAUGCUGCUAUUGGCCUGCCGUGUGGAGAGUGAUUUAUCUGAGCAUGUGAUUGGCAAUAUCAGAGAGCUUACAUUGUUUCGAAUGUUUUUUUAUUUAAAUUUGUUGUGUGAGCAGCUGCAUUAUAACCACCAGAAAAACUCAUAUUGCUUCUAAUCCUAAUUUUUCAUCCCUACUUGGCGUGGCAUUAUCUGUCUUUCUUGUGUUGACUGUAUCUCUGUAUCAUAACUCUAGAUACAUUAACAUUGUACAAAAUGUAAUGUCUGCUUUUUUCUUGUAUUUGAGUGUUCAUUUAUUUUUGACCAAAAGGCAAGUGUUGAUUUUAGUGUUUUUCUUUAUUUGCUUACUUGAGCGGACGUGUCUUUUUAAGUGUUCACACAAAUCCCACAAAUAAAAAAUAGGAGAGAGAGGAUGAUAGUAAUACUGCAUCAUAAGGCAUGUUAAUACUGUACAAGAUCUGUAAUAAAAGUGAAAUAUAAUAGCCUGUUUCUUCAGACUAUAUUUGUUAGUCUAAAUUACUGCUGCUGUUGGAUCAAUGCUGUACUGAUAAAUGUUAUGGAUUUAGUGUAAAGUUUACCGAAACAACCUUCUAAUAUGCAAAAGCAUGCUUUUCUAUGUCAGCGCAACUGUAUAUAUGUUUAUGUAACAUGAGAAGUAUACCAUGGUACUCGCAGUCCAAUUGAAAGUGUUGUUGAUACACCUGUAGAUAUUGGGGUCAGUGUGUUGGCAGAUAUGUAUACCUGACAGCAGCUUGUGUGUGUGACGUGCCCUCUAUUACAUUCAGUUUGGUGUGAACUUUGUUUUUGUGGCCUUAUAUUGCCAGUGGUUAAGUUCUCUUUGAUAAAAGGUUUGUAUGUAGGAAUGUCCCAACAUGAUCUGUAACACUGAUGCAAACACAGUGCUGUUGUGGCUAAACGUUCUUCUCUCAGUAACUUUAUUGGCAGACUUAGCUUAACAUAUAGUAAAACGAGACUGCAGAACAUUCCAGAUUAUUCAAAGUUAAUUUAAAAGGAGAAAACGUAUUUGAGUGAAAUAUCAUAAAAAGGUGGAAACAUAAACAACAGACUGGUGCAAACAUGCUGAAUGGUGUCUGGCACUACAGCAAUCAAUCGACCAAUAAAAAUACCAA